AUGUUGACAACGGAAACAAAUGUAGUCGGGGGAGUGCCAAAAAUUAUUCAGGAAGAGUUAUUGGUCCAAAUUCCAAACGAAGACGUUCAACCUGUUGUGAAUUUAAAUAAUGACCAGAUGAGUGCUUACAAUAUAAUUAUGAACACCAUCCACCAAAAACAAGGUCAAAUUUUUGUUGUUGAUGGUCUUGGAGGGACAGGUAAAACUUUCCUUUAUCAAACUAUAAUGGUAAAUUUGAGGCGUAAUAAUGAAAUUGUCUUAGCAACCACUUCCUCCGGCAUAGCUGCUACAUUAUUACCUGGUGGUAGAACUGCACACUCUCGAUUUGGGAUCCCCAUUGAUAUAGAGCCCCAUUCUAUUUGCAAAAUAGCAAAGAAUUCUGACCUUGCAAAACUCAUUAGAAUAACCAAUGCAAUCAUUUGGGAUGAAGCACCCAUGAUAAAUAAAUAUUGUGUAGAAGCAUUAGAUCGGUCACUUCAAGACAUCAUGAAUAACAAUGCUUCAUUUGAUUGA